AUGCAAUACACCCAAUUAUUAGCUGCUGCUCUCUUCGCUGUCGCCUCCGCCAGGGCCGCUGAUGCUCAAGACGUUGAAUUUAUUACCAAGUUGGUCAAUGACGCCAAGGCUCACCAAGACGAUUAUCUUGACUUCUAUGGUACCGCAACUGUCGACGUUCCAAGCGAGUUCCUUAAGUUGGCCAGGAAGGUCCAAACCUACACCGAUGACUCCUACACCACUUUGAUUGAUUCUGAGAACAUCAACGUCGCUCAAUUAGAAUCCUUUGCGUCCCAAUUGCCAUGG